UCUGCGCUUGGGCUGAUGAUGAUGAUGAUGUGGAACCAAGGUAGGCAUGCAGACGGCAAUUACUGUAAAUACAGCAAAGAGGUAAUCAUAUAGAAUACAUACAUACAAACUGAGAAAUCACCUGAAAAACUGAUUGACACUGUCUGUGUACAACACUAGAUGUAAACAUUAGAACAUAAACUAGCAUAGAAGCCUAAAGCGGCUAGCGCCGUCUGGUUGCCAAGGAAACAUGUUGGAAUCAUUUUUCAACAAUCAUGUUAAACUAUUGCGUUCUUGAUGUGCACUCCCCAACUGUAUUAAAGUAAAGAUAAAGUCUUGCAAAAUGAAUCUAACUUUUUCAGAAUUCCAAUUAAGAAUUUUAUGGCAAGUCGCGCCGAAAGCUAGCUAAAUUCUAAAACUAGCCAAAAAACGUUAAAUGCUAUAACGAAAAUUCAGCCGGACUUCUAGACAUGUUACCCAAAGAUAAACUACGGGGGAGGAGGCAGAGGACCGGGUGCUGCUCGCAGAUGGAGCACCGGGGCUCCGGGAGCUCAGGGCGCACGGCGGACCCGGAGUGAGUGACGCUGGUGGAUGGACGCUGCUCCCCGGUUCAGGCUGUUCACAGCACGGCCAUGACGGGCGCCCAGGAGCCAGACCUGCAUGAGCAGCACAGAGGACCAACGCAGGAGGACGGGGAUGAGGACGAGGAGGGGGAGAAAGUGCAUGUGUCAGAUGAGAGAGAGAAGAGGGAACAGGAAGGGGAGGAAGACGAGGAGGAGGAGGAGGAGGAGGAGGAGGAAAAGGAAGAACUGCCGUAUCCCUCUCUGGCACCAGUGGUUCUCUUGGCUCUGACCCAAACCAGCCCGCCCCGCUCAUGGUGCCUUCGAGCUGUCUGCCACCCGUGGUUUGAGCGCGUGAGCAUUCUGGCCAUCCUGCUGAACUGUGUGACUCUGGGGAUGUUCCAGCCCUGUGGCCACACCCCCUUCUUUCUGCAGGCUCUGGAUGAUGGCAUCUUCGUGUUUUUUGCCGGGGAGAUGCUGGUAAAGAUGGUUGCUCUCGGGGUCAUAGGUCAGAGCGGCUACUUAGGCGACACAUGGAACCGAUUGGACUUCUUCAUUGUUAUAGUGGGAAUGCUGGAGUACUCGCUCGACGGUCACAACGUCAGCCUGUCUGCGAUCCGCACGGUCCGAGUCCUCCGCCCUCUCCGAGCCAUCAACAGAGUUCCCAGUAUGCGCAUCCUCGUCACCCUCCUCCUGGACACGCUGCCCAUGCUGGGCAACGUGCUGGCUCUCUGCUUCUUUGUCUUCUUCAUCUUCGGCAUCGUCGGCGUGCAGCUCUGGGCGGGGCUCCUGAGGAACCGCUGCUUCAUGGGCGAGGAUGUCAAGACGAAAUAUAACAUUUCCUUCCUGAGUGGCUACUAUCGGCCCGACGGCACGGACGACCACCCGUUCAUCUGCUCGACAGAGAGAGAGAACGGGAUGCUGCGGUGCUCCGAUGUGCCUCGCCGCCGUGUAGGCAGAACCUACUGCCUUUUAGCACCAGAGGAGGCCCGUCCAGACAUCGGCCUGAAAUUAGAACAAGCAUCCUGUGUGAACUGGUACCGGUAUUACAAUGAGUGUCGCGCCGGGGAAAUAAACCCUCACAAAGGAGCUAUUAACUUUGAUAACAUUGGAUAUGCAUGGAUUGCCAUUUUUCAGGUAAUUACUCUAGAAGGUUGGGUAGACAUCAUGUACUACGUCAUGGAUGCACAUUCCUUCUACAACUUCAUCUACUUCAUCUUCCUCAUUAUAGUGGGCUCCUUCUUCAUGAUCAACCUGUGCCUGGUCGUCAUAGCAACGCAGUUUUCCGAAACGAAGCAGAGGGAACACGCCUUAAUGAAGUCGGAGCAGCACGCCCGUCAGCUCCACCAGUCGGCGUCCACGCUGGCCAGCGACAGUCAACCGGGAAGCUGCUACGAGGAGAUCAUCCGCUACCUGGCGCACCUGGGCCGCAAGGCGUGCCGCCGCCUGUCCCGCUGCUACGUCCAUGCGUGCGCGCACGUCCGCUGCGCGUGCACGUGCCAGAAAGACAGGAGCGGCGGAUCCGCCCGGGGGAGUGGCGUCGGCGAGAUGAACGGACUCGCCCACCGCCACUCUGGCCACGUUCCCAACGACCUGUCGCACCUCCAUCAGCUUUAUCACCAGCAUCACCAGCGCCAUCGCCAGCAGCUUCAGACUGGGGCUGAAGCUGCUGGCGCCGGGAAUGAAGGGGGCGGUUUGAAUUAUCCCUUCAUCACACCACUGCACAGUCACCUGAAUGCGAAGGGCCAGGACCAGAAGAGGCUGGACGCCAUGGAGACGGUCAACAGACCAUCACAACUGGCCGUGGAGCAUGGUGGCUGUACCAUGCACCCUGCGCUACCGUUGCCAGGCGAGGUCCCCGGGGACUCCCUGGUAUGUCCUUAUUGCAUCUACUACAAUCAACUGAGUGACAGCGAAAAUGUCAACGAGCCGCCCGACGACCAGCAACUUGGGUACAGCAACUCAUGCCAUGGCAACAGCCCGUGCCACUGUAGCGGCCCCCCGGCCAUCCGCGAUGACGCACAGGGGUCCGAGCCAAAGAAAACGCUGGUCGAGCGCUGCUGGGCGGGACUCCGGGCGAAACUGCAGCUCAUUGUGGGCAGCAGAUACUUCAGCAGAGGAAUCAUGAUUGCCAUCCUCAUUAACACCCUGUCGAUGGGCAUAGAGUACCACGAGCAGCCGCAGGAGCUGACAGACAUUUUGGAGAUCAGCAACAUGGUGUUCACGAGCCUCUUCGGUCUGGAGAUGCUGCUGAAGCUGCUGGCGCUCGGCCUCUUCGGCUACAUCAAGAACCCGUACAACGGCUUCGACAGCGUCAUCGUCAUCAUCAGCGUGUGGGAGAUCGUGGGGGAGGCGGAGGGAGGCCUGUCGGUGCUGCGCACCUUCCGUCUGCUCAGGGUUCUGAAGCUGGUCCGGUUCCUUCCGGCCCUGAGGAGGCAGCUCGUGGUGCUGAUGAAGACCAUGGACAACGUGGCCACGUUCUGCAUGCUGCUGAUGCUGUUUAUUUUCAUUUUCAGCAUCUUGGGGAUGCAUCUGUUCGGCUGUAAGUUCGGUUUGCGGCACGACAGCGGAGACACUUUACCAGACAGAAAGAACUUUGACUCUCUGCUCUGGGCGACCGUGACUGUGUUCCAGAUCCUCACCCAGGAGGACUGGAACGCGGUGCUGUACAACGGCAUGGCCUCCACCACGCCGCUCGCAGCCCUCUACUUCGUGGCCCUCAUGACCUUUGGCAACUACGUCCUCUUCAACUUGCUCGUGGCCAUUUUGGUGGAGGGCUUUCAAGCUGAAGGCGAUGCCAACAGAUCAGAAGCCGAUGACGAGGGACAGUCACUCUGUUACGAUGAUGAGGAGAAGUUACGGGAGUUGUACGCUGCAGAGCUGAAGAUCCAGGCCAUGAUGCUGAGCCCCAACGGCCUCCUGAACCCCAAAGCCUCCAUGCCUCACCCUCCUCCAGCGCCUCUGCCUGUCAUCACACACACCGCAGCCACGCCCAUCAUAAAUGCUAACCCGUCGCGUCGGGCCAGCGGCGCUUCCAUGGACGUGGGCAGCUUUGAGCAGAGGUCACAGAUGUCUUCCCAGUGUCUGUGGGAGAGCGGGCCCGAGAGCCGGCGCUCCAGCUGGACCAGCGUGGGCCGAGCGCCCGGCCUCCACAGGAAGAGCCAGUCGGGGGAGAUGGAGUCGCUGCUGUCCGACACGCACACCAGCUCCGACCACAGCAGCCGGGAGCAGUCUCUGGACCAGCAGGAGUACCUGCAGGUGCCCAUGCUCCACGACUGCAACGGCACCACGCUCCACCUGCCCGAGCGCUGCUGCGACGACGCGCCCACGGCGACGCACUACCACAGCGAUCCGGAGGAGGAGGACGUUGAGGAGAGUUUAUGUAAGAAGCUGAAGAAGAUUCUGGAGCCGUACGAGCCUCAGUGGUGCCUGGAGCACGAGGAGUGGUCUCUGUAUCUGUUCUCUCCUCAAAACCGGUUCAGGCUGUGGUGUCAGAGGGUCAUAGGUCACAAGAUGUUCGAUCACAUCGUCCUCCUCUUCAUCUUCCUCAACUGCAUCACAAUUGCCCUGGAGAGGCCUGACAUUCAGCCCAGCAGCAUGGAGCGGGUGUUCCUCAGUGUCUCCAAUUACAUCUUCACUGUGAUCUUCGUGGGUGAAAUGAUGAUUAAGGUGGUGGCCAUGGGCCUGUACUUUGGCAGCGGCGUGUACCUGCAGAGCAGCUGGAAUGUCCUGGACGGGCUGCUGGUGUUUGUGUCACUGGUGGACAUCCUGGUUUCCAUCGCGUCCGCAGGUGGGAAUCGAAUCCUGGGAAUCCUCCGUGUGCUUCGCCUGCUCCGCACGCUGCGACCUCUUAGGGUGAUAAGUCGAGCUCCAGGCCUAAAACUGGUGGUGGAGACGCUGAUCACAUCUCUGAGGCCCAUUGGGAACAUUGUCCUCAUCUGCUGUGCUUUUUUCAUUGUGUUUGGAAUAUUAGGAGUUCAGCUGUUUAAAGGGAAAUUCUUCCACUGUGAGGGGCUCAACGUGAGUCGCAUCACCAAUAAAACCCAGUGCCUGGGAGCAGGAUACCGCUGGGUCCGACGGAAAUACAACUUUGACAACCUGGGACAGGCGCUGAUGUCCCUGUUCGUGCUGUCAUGUAAAGACGGCUGGGUCAGCAUCAUGUACGACGGCCUGGAUGCCGUCGGCGUGGACCAGCAGCCAAUCAGAAACAACAACCCGUGGAUGCUGCUGUUCUUCAUCUCGUUCCUCCUCAUCGUCAGCUUCUUCGUGCUCAACAUGUUUGUGGGCGUGGUGGUGGAGAACUUUCACAAGUGUCGGCAGCAGCAGGAGGAGGAGGAGGCACGGAUGAGGGAGGAGAAACGACAGAGACGGCUGGAGAAGAGGAGGAGAAGGGCCCAGGAGAAGCCGUACUACGCAGACUACUCCCCGCUCCGUCGAUCCAUCCACACCGUGUGCACGAGCAACUACCUGGAUGUCUUCAUCACCAUCAUCAUCUUCACAAACCUCCUCACCAUGAGCAUGGAGCACUACAACCAGCCUCAGUACCUCGAGGAGAUUCUGAAGUACUGCAAUUACGUCUUCACGGUGGUUUUUGUCAUCGAGGCAAUUCUGAAGCUCAUCGCUUUUGGCCUGCAGCGUUUUUUCAAAGAGAGAUGGAACCAGCUAGACCUCGCUAUCGUGCUGCUGUCCAUCAUGGGCAUCACUCUGGAGGAAAUAGACCUGAACGCCUCCCUGCCCAUCAACCCCACCAUCAUACGCAUCAUGAGAGUCCUGAGGAUCACACGAGUGCUGAAGCUGUUGAAGAUGGCUACGGGGAUGAGAGCUCUGUUGGACACAGUGAUGCAAGCUCUGCCUCAGGUGGGGAAUCUGGGUCUGCUCUUCAUGUUGCUGUUCUUCAUCUAUGCAGCUCUGGGAGUUGAGCUCUUUGGAAAACUGGAGUGUUCCGACGAUAACCCGUGCGAGGGUCUUAGCCGCCACGCUACCUUUGACAACUUUGGCAUGGCUUUCCUCACACUCUUCAGGGUGUCUACCGGGGACAACUGGAAUGGGAUUAUGAAGGACACGCUGCGUGAGUGUCGCCCCCAGGACCGACACUGCCUCUCCUACCUGCCCCUCAUCUCCCCCGUUUACUUCGUCACCUUCGUCCUGACGGCUCAGUUCGUGCUGGUCAACGUGGUCGUGGCGGUGCUGAUGAAGCACCUGGAGGAGAGCAACAAGGAGGCCCAGCUGGAGGAGAUGGAGGAGAGGAGGGAGCGGGAGGAGCAGAGGGAGCGGGAGGAGGCCAGCCGACGCCUCAGCGCCGCGUCCCUGGGCGGAGACCUGGGGCCAAACGGAGACGCACCUGCCCAGGUGCAGGGUGAGGAUGAGGAGAGUUCCCAUGGCAACCUGAUGAGCAUGGGACGCAUGUUGUCUCUCCCCAGCGACAGCUACGUUCAGCCACUCCGAUGCUCCCCUUAUCCUCCCAUUGGCCACGAAGCCGGCUCCGGCUACAGCUACAGCUACUCAGGCUCCAUGUCGUCCCUCGGCUCCAGCGGCGGCGGCUCGCUGCUGCAGGUUCCGGGGGCCCUGCCCGCCAUCAGCCACGCUUCGCUGGGGUCCGGACGCAGCUACAGGCCCACGAUCCGCCUCAGCACGUCCCAGAGCGUGGACCGGCGGAGUCCGGUGGACGGCGCCGACGGGCACCGGCCGGACAGACGCAGGCUGAACUCGGCCCACAGCAUGGACGGGUGCCGGUUCAGCCCGGUGCGCCGCAUCAACAGGCACCGGCUGAGCUCGGCUCACAGCAUGGACGGAUACAGACUGAACCAGGAACACAGCGCAGACAGACCAAAGCUCAUGUACAGCCACAGCAUUGACAGACACCCGUCACUCAGACAGAGUCCCACCCACAGUGCCGUCAGUCGUCCUUCUCGUUGGCUCAGUCCUGAGGACAGUUUGGACAGAAACAAGCUGAGUCCCUCCUACGUCCCAGACAGUUCGGCCCCGAAGAGGCUGGCGUCGUUUCGAACCGCGAGUCGACAGCUGCGCAGACAGGAGGCCGUGCGCUGCGACUCGCUGGACCAGAGCGGCUCCGUCGACUCUCUGGCGGAGCCUCGCCUGCCGGCGCCCGUCGCCGCGUCCACGCCGCCGCGCCAGCGCUCGUCCAGCGUCCACACCCUCAAAUACGCACACCCCCAGAGGGUCAUCUCCUGCCGCAGCCACAGCCGCAGCCACAGCGAGUCCACCGCACAGGAACCUGGGCCCGACGAGGCCGACUGCGCCUCCCGGCCGGAAACAGGCGCCGAGAGGCCCGCGAGCCUGCAGAGCCUGUCGGGCCUGAAGGUCCCCGGCGGUGAAUCCACUCCAUCAGCUCCUCUCUGUGGCUCCAGAGCCGUCGAGGCCGACCUCGGACCCCGCUUGGCCGGCGCUGACCAGGAGGUCGGCCGUGUUAACAAUUCUGUCCACGCGCACAAAGGCAGACACCUUUCCCCGACCCCCGGGGAGCACAGGAGCCGCCUCAGCCAAUCGGUGUCCCCGGUGUCGGUCCGAAACAGGAAGCAGGGGACGAGGCCGCCGCCGCCGGCUCAGCCGACGGACAGCAACGCGGAGCUGCGGAGGCGGACGCUGUCGUUCGACGCCACGUCUCUCUCUCCUGGUCGAGCGGAGGGGAGAUCGGUGGACGGCUAAGCGCGUCCGGCGGUGGGAUGGGCUGUCGUCUAACGAGGAGGAGCAUGUGCAGCUACAGCGCCGGAUGGGGCCAAACCCGGCGGACGCCUGCUUCCCGUGUCCGGCCGGCCCUCAUCUAAGCGCGCCCAAGAGUUUCACAGGGUUUUUGAAGCAAACACUUUCAAACUGCGCGUGUAUGUGUUCAAAGACUUGACCCCUUUGUGCUUUUUGCACACAAGAUGCACAAAAGAACACGUUUCCUUUUCUUCUAUCAUAGCAGUCAUUCCCCAGCUGUAUUUAGUCAGACACUAACCUUCCUUGCUAGCGCUCCUCCCUCGGCCCGUACUUCUAUCCUUAAGCCUAGGUCAGAGUACAAGACAAAAUGUGCUCCCAACUUCAGACGCAGCUGGGACCUCAACAGUGGUUUCAACCGUGAAUCUAAAAAUGCAUCGUGUCCAUACAGCACAAUCUGUUUACUUCAACGUCAAAGUGACUUUCUUAAAUAGUAUUUUUGUCAAACCAGGCCCAAAGAUAUUAAAUUCACUAUGAUGUGAGAUAAGCAAAGUGACAAACUGUCACAUUUAAGCUGACGGCUUAAGCUUAAGGCUUGACGCAGCAUAUCUUUUGCCGAAUUACAACUAAUGAUUCAUUGAUUAUCAAAAUAGUUGCAACUCUGGAUCUUCCUCUAGGUCACACACGCUCACAGAAUCUCAUCUUCUCCUGGAAUAACACUCAGUGUUACUGUCAGUAAAGUUCCCAAAUCUCAUUCUCUGUGGUGCAUAAAUUGCAGCUUAUGUUUAGGAUUUAAUUUCUAAGUAGUAAACUUGCACACAUUUUACAAUAAACAGCUUAAUUUGUGAUUG